UUCUUACACUAACUAUUUACAUUUGACCUUGAAAAUAUCGCUAUAAAUGGUUACAUUUUUUGUAACCUCUCCCCUGAAUCAGCCUACUGGAAUCGACUGGAAUACCCAUUUUGUCUCCCCUAGUGGAGGAAAAAUGAACCUACAAUGACAAAUUAAAAACAGGGAUGAGCGCCAUGUCUGGUUCUCCGGUAGUGGAAUAGACAACGGGACAGAAACGUUUUAAUUCCAGGGUCGGGGAUCCCGUUCGGUCUCGGUGUUAGCGAUGUCCGAGAGCGCAGGGAUUCAGCAGGGCUCCCCGGCCAUCGGUGCAGCGGGAUCGGCUCCUGCGGCUCCGGGAGCCGGGGGAACGGAGGGUUCGGCUGCCACGGUAGGAUCUGCACGAAUCGCCGUGAAGAAGGCGCAGCUCCGCUCCUCCCCGCGCCCGAAGAAACUGGAAAAGCUCGGAGUGUAUUCGUCUUGCAAGGCUGAGGGGGCCUGUAAGUGUAAUGGCUGGAAGAGCCAGAACCCACCCCCCACACCACCCCGCAUGGACCAGCAACCCAACACUGUCAAUCUGCAGGAGCGCUGCCGAAGCUGCUCCCACACACUAGGUGAUCACGUGACACAUCUGGAGAAUGUAUCAGAGGAGGAGAUGAACAGGCUUCUGGGUAUAGUGCUAGAUGUGGAGUACCUGUACACAUGUGUCCACAAAGAGGAGGAUGCCGACACCAAACAGGUUUACUUCUCCCUUUUCAAGCUGUUGAGGAAAUGUAUCCUACAAAUGGGCAAACCUGUGGUGGAGGCACAGGAGAGUCCCCCUUUUGAGAAACCCAGCAUUGACCAGGGGGUGAAUAACUUUGUUCAGUACAAAUUCAGCCAUCUUCCCUCUAAGGAGCGACAGACCAUUGUGGAGCUGGCUAAGAUGUUUCUUAACCAAAUCAAUUACUGGCAGCUUGAGACCCCCUCACAGAGACGACAGCGGGCGCCUGCUGAUGAUGCCGCCGGGUACAAAAUCAACUACACCAGAUGGCUGUGCUACUGCAACGUGCCCCAGUUCUGCGACAGUUUACCGCGGUACGAGACGACCCAGAUCUUCGGGCGGACCCUGCUGCGCUCUGUCUUCACCGUGAUGAGGAAACAGCUGCUGGAACAGGCCAGGCAGGAGAAAGACAAGCUACCCCCAGAGAAACGCACUCUCAUCCUCACACACUUCCCCAAAUUCCUGUCCAUGUUAGAGGAGGAAGUGUACAGUCAAAGCUCACCCAUCUGGAGCGAAGACUUCCUGGCUGGAUCCUCAGUUGGACAGAUCCCCAUCCAUACAGUGAUCAGUGCGGCUCCGGUUGCCAGGCCUCUUUACCACAGCACCAGCCCAGUGUCUGUGGACCUGUCCAGCUGUGGCAGUGUCAGUCCUGCCAGGAAGGCUGUAUCGGCUCUGGAACCUAGCCCAGGUGGGGAGAAACGAAGGCCACCGGAGCCCCUCGCUCAUGAGGAGACUAAGAAGCCCAGGAUUGUCGGUGACAUCCCCAUGGAACUCAUAAACGAAGUCAUGGCAACCAUCACAGAUCCCGCCUCCAUGCUGGGACCAGAGACCAACCUACUGUCUGCUCACUCAGCCCGCGAUGAAGCGGCCCGCCUGGAGGAGAGGAGAGGGGUGAUAGAGUUCCACGUCAUUGGGAACUCCCUCAACCAGAAGCCCAACAAGAGGAUCCUGAUGUGGCUGGUGGGCCUCCAGAACGUCUUCUCCCACCAGCUGCCUCGCAUGCCCAAAGAGUACAUCACACGGCUUGUGUUCGACCCGAAGCACAAGACUCUGUCGUUGAUCAAAGAUGGCCGUGUGAUUGGAGGGAUCUGUUUCCGGAUGUUCCCCUCGCAGGGAUUCACAGAGAUUGUGUUCUGUGCUGUCACCUCCAACGAGCAGGUCAAGGGAUACGGCACUCAUCUGAUGAACCAUCUGAAGGAGUACCACAUCAAGCAUGACAUUCUUAACUUCCUUACCUAUGCAGACGAGUAUGCCAUUGGCUACUUCAAAAAACAGGGGUUCUCUAAAGACAUCAAGGUUCCCAAGGCAAAGUAUGUAGGCUACAUCAAAGAUUAUGAGGGAGCCACGCUGAUGGGCUGUGAGCUAAACCCCAGCAUUCCUUACACAGAAUUCUCUGUCAUCAUCAAGAAGCAGAAAGAGAUAAUAAAGAAGCUGAUUGAGAGGAAGCAGGCUCAGAUCAGAAAGGUUUACCCAGGACUUUCCUGUUUUAAGGAAGGAGUUCGCCAGAUUCCCAUCGAGAGCAUUCCUGGAAUACGAGAAACUGGAUGGAAACCUGUGGGGAAAGGGAAGGAACUUAAGGACCCAGAUCAGCUGUACUCCACCCUAAAAACCAUCCUACAACACGUUAAGAGUCAUCAGAAUGCCUGGCCUUUCAUGGAGCCAGUGAAGAAGACAGAAGCCCCUGGGUACUAUCAAGUCAUACGCUUCCCCAUGGACCUGAAGACGAUGUCCGAGCGCCUGAAGAGCAGGUACUACACCACUCGGAAGCUCUUCAUGGCUGACAUGCAGCGCAUCUUCACCAACUGUCGCGAGUACAACCCCCCCGAGAGCGAGUACUACAAGUGUGCCAAUCUGCUGGAGAAGUUCUUCUACACCAAGAUUAAGGAAACGGGCCUCAUCGAGAAAAUCAAUUGAAAAGGAGGGGGCUUCAGUGGAAGAGUGGGAAGUUGCUUAGAUGUAAUGAUUUUAAAAGGUUUUUAUUUUCUUAUUCCUUAUUUUUGUACUUGCAUUUAGCCAGAAAAACAUUUCGAUAUAUAUCUAGAAAGGAAGGAUGCAUUUAGGUCUGUCAGUAUACUCUCUCCGGUCUUUUAUCUACUCUUCAUCCUUGCCAUUCUGCCUCCCGCUGCCUUUAAUCCCUCUAUGCUUCUCCCUCGCUCCGCCUUUUCUCUGUUUACUCAGGAAAGCAGACGUUGUGCGUAGAAACUCCACCUGUACACCUUGCCCACAUGUAGAUUCAUACUAUAUUCCAUUUUCACAAAAUAAUGGACCAUCUGAUUUGAGAAAGGAUGGUCUGUCCAUCAAUCAACCAUUCAGCGUCUCCUGAUUGAUGUUACUAGGUCAUAAUGGUUCACAGUGAAGUUGCCCGUGAUGCUGAUCUCAGGUCAGUUUUGCCGGUUUCCCUCCCUUAAGGUUGGUAUUGGGUAAAUCCUAGAUCUGUACCCAGGGGAAACCAUAGUAAUCUGAGUGGUUGUAAUUUGGGUUCCCCAACACAUACGUACAGCAUGACGUCAUGUGAGUUCUGUCCCUGAAUUUAUGAGGUCAAAGUUUGUAUGUGUACUAUUAGAGUUCAUCCUGCCAAAACAAAACCUAUAUUUUAAAUCUGUAUGUAUGAAUCUUAACUCUUAAAACUUCUUGAAUUAAUGUAUAUUUUCUAUGUAUAUUUUUUUGUUCUUUUUAAACUGAAAGGAUGGUAAGACUCUUUUCUUGAAGUUAACCUUGCUGGUCCAUGUGGAAAUUCCCAUAGGGCCAAGUGACCAUGGAAAUGCACUUAUUUAUUUUUAAUGCAAGUAUUCAACUGCACUUGGUAAAUAAGAGCAUUGGUUUCCUCCAUGGAAAUGCACGCUAUAAACUAAUAGCUAAUUUAUGUAGAGUUUAUCCUUAUUUAUGUGCUGUAAGUUAAAGUAAUAAUACUUAAAAGGUCUUAAUUUAUUAUUUUUUCUGUCUAGCAAAUGGACAUUGAUACCUUUGUAGUUUGGAGAUAAAAAAGAUUGUGCAAUACUAUGUAGUUUUGCUGUUUUGUAUAAAGAUAAUUUUCAAACUUUAGGAGAAAAAAAAAAUCUGGAUUUUGUAAUGUCUGGAAGAGUUAUUACAUGGCCUUUGUACUAUGUAGCCUAUUUUAUAGACUGAUUAAAAUAGAGGUGAAACUAA